UUUCUCAAGAGCCAAUGGGGGAGAUGGGCAGCAGCAGCUUCGGUUGCCGAUACUGAGCAUGCUCAAGGGAGGUGGAGCAUGCCCACUCCCUCUUUCCAAGGUACGGAUGCCGAGCGAGGGAGCCUCGGCGCGGAUAGAGAGGAAAGCCAUGGAGGGUGGAAGGGAGCGUCGGAGCUGGCGAAGCGCCUCUUUCCCGCUGCUGCUGCUGCUGCUGCCGUGUCUCGCCCUUGAGCUCGUCCUGCCGGUUGCCCAGGCUCGGAGCCUCCGCUUUGUUACCUUGUUAUACCGCCAUGGAGACCGCUCUCCGGUGAAGGCUUACCCCCGAGAUCCCUAUCAGGAAAGCGCCUGGCCUCAGGGAUUUGGGCAACUUUCUCAGGAAGGGAUGCAGCAGCAGUGGGACCUUGGUCGAGCGCUUCGAAGGCGUUAUGAUGGAUUCCUCAAUUCCUCAUACAAUAGACAAGAGAUCUACAUACGCAGCACAGAUUUUGAUCGGACCCUGAUGAGUGCCGAGGCCAAUCUGGCAGGACUGUACCCUCCAGAAGGGUGGCAAGUGUUCAACCCCAAUAUUUCUUGGCAGCCUAUUCCUGUCCACACAGUACCUGACUCAGCAGAGCAUCUCCUGAAGUUCCCAUUAUCUCCCUGUCCCCGUUACGAACAGCUGCAAAAUGAGACCCGGCAGACAGCAGAGUAUGUGAAUAGGACCAUCCAGUACAUGGGAUUUCUGGAGAUGGUGGCAAACAAGACGGGAAUCCAGGAUGUCUCCCUCGAGUCGGUCUGGAGUGUAUAUGACACACUCUUCUGUGAGAAAACACACAGAAAACAUCUUCCCGAUUGGGUAACUCUCGAUGUGAUGACUCAGCUGAAGCAGCUGAAAGAUUUCGGCUUCGAAGUCCUCUUUGGGAUCCACAAACGGGUGGAAAAAGCUCGUUUGCAGGGUGGGGUCCUUCUGUCUCAAAUAAGGGAAAACCUUACUCUUGCUGCAAAUGCCUCCAUACCUCGCCACUUCAAAAUGCUAAUGUACUCAGCUCAUGACACCACCCUUGUGGCACUGCAGAUGGCUCUGGAUGUUUACAGCGGGAGGCAACCACCAUAUGCCUCAUGUCAUAUAUUUGAGCUGUAUCAAGAGGAUGAUGGUAACUUUUCAGUGGAGAUGUUCUUUCGGAAUGAGAGUGGGAAAGAGCCUUACCCAGUGCAGCUGCCUGGCUGUGCACAGCGUUGUCCCCUGCUGAAUUUCCUGCAACUCACCGAGCCUGUUAUUCCACAGGACUGGAAACAAGAAUGCCAGAUAGCAAGCACCAUGAAAGACACAGAACUUAUUGUGGUUUUGGCUGUCUGUGGAUCCAUCCUCUUCUUGCUUACUAUCCUGCUCCUGACAGUACUCUUCCGUUCCAAGUCCCAGCCUCCUGGCUACCGGCACGUUUCCAAUGAAGGAGAGGAACAGCCUUGACAUUUGCUCCAGCCCCUCCUGAGGCAGCAGGAGAGAACGGUGCUGACUCUAGAGACAAGAGGGGCUUCUUUCAGUGACUGAGGGUCUUCUUCAUUUGUCCUGAUUGCUGCUUCUAAGCCAAAAGGCCCAGACUCUGUGGUGGAGCUGCUGUGACUAUCAGAUGCAGUCGAGCUGUGAAGCGAAUAAUACAGUCAUGAACUAGGAGUAAAAUGCAAGCAUGAUUUGGGGUUGCUAUUUGCCAGUAUGUGACUGGUUCUAUCAGAGGACCCCGUCUUGCUUCUUUUGAACCCAGUAUGCUGAAGUUUCCGCUACUGGUGCAGAAUGGACAGCCUUCCCAACUGAAACCUGCUGCUCCUCAGAAAGCCUUGCUUCCACCUGGCAGUUGUUACUUGAACAUCCCUGAACUGUGGGAAAGGGGCCUGGUGCUAUAACUGCCUUCUCCAGCUGUUAUUAACUGGGAAUCAAACCAAUGCCUCUCUGUCUUACGUACUUGGCUCUUAGCCACUGGGUCCAUACAGAAGGAUAAGGCUGGGGCUGGACCCAAUCUUAUACAACAGAGGGGGGAAAUGACUUUCUCAAAAGCAGCCUUCUUCCCAUUUGUCACUGACUACAGAAAUUCAGUAAGUGGAACGCAGUACACUUCCUCUGUCUCCCCGCUAUUUUCAGCCUCAACGUAUUCUUACAAAGCAGUGCAGCCUUGGGUUUAAUGGGAAGUGAACGAGUGGAAUUUAGAAGUGCUUAUUAGCAAAGGCCUGGCUAGAAUCAUUCUUUAAAUGCCCUAUAAUAUCAUGCACAAUAUUCUGGGCCAGCAGAGAUUCGAAGAAAAUCUGUCAUUUUAAAACAAAGGUAAGCCUCUGAGGCAGAAAAAGAUGCAAACGUAGCUAAAUAUGUUGCCCUAUAGAAAGAAUCAUUGUGUAUCAAGUGUAGCAUGAGAAUUUCACAGUAAGGAUCUGCAGCUUUUGUGGAAAACCCUCCUAUCAUGCCACACUUUAUAGAUGACGGCAUACAUAUUCUUUCUAACACAUCUUCAAGCAGGGAAAGUGCUACCAUAACAUGCACUUUCUCAUCAUGCAUGUUAUAUCUGACAUACAAAGAACACAAAAAUAAGCAUCUCUGCUGCUCUAAAAACACAAAGAAAUUUAGAACACUCACAGCUGCACACAAAUGUCUUGGGUACAAACAAGAAGACAAAAAACCGAGCCCAGACCCAGUCCUGAACAGAAGUGCUUCUGAGCGUAUACAGAAUGUGUUUCCUUCAUGCUUGAAAAACUACAGCUUACCUGCUCUCUACAUACACUAAGGAAUAAGAGUCCAGGCAUGAUUGCAAACACAGGCAUGAGUUCCACAGCAUACUUUGCAAUCAAAUAACACAGUCCUCCUCUCCAAAAAACAAAAAACUGAAUACACUCUUGGCUUUUCUCUCCUCCCCGUUUCCCAUCCCCUUUCAGACAUAGGUCCUCAAAACAAGAAACAAGUGUUCUCUCUGCACAUUUCUCUGUCCUGCUCCCAUAGGCAAGAAAGCCUCAUUCUUUGUCUUCACCCAGGGCUCAGUUCAGGAAAUCUUGAGGCCAAAUCCAGAAAGGAUUUCCCUCCUAGUAGCCCAUGCUAGUUUUUCCCAAGUGCAGCAACUGAAUUCUUCAGAAAAGAACAGAGGCUUGAAAAGAACAAGAGGUGCUUAAUAAGAACUUCACUUGUUUGGAUGCAGAGAGGAAGCCAGGAUUUUUUAAUAUGGGAGCUGGAUGAGAAAGCAGUUCUGCUAAGUGGGAAGAGUUAGUUACUGGGAGAACAGCAAUAAAUAUUUGAAAUGGCCAGUGCUUUUUUUUUAAUGGAAAAAAGUGCCAGUAUUCACCAUGAAGUUGUUACAGUAAGUGCCACACUUUUAACAUUUGGAAGUGGGGGAAAGGUGCUGGUACUGCGUACCCUUGAGUACCCCUAGGAAAAAAACCACUGGAAAUAACAGACAUAUCUAAGCAGGGGAUUGUGGGGAGCUGGCAGUCCUAAUCUUUCCCCCAGAAAGAUGUGCAGCUCAUUCUGAGGCUUCAGCACAUGCAUUAAAAUAAAGAGUAUUCCUGUCCCUCACUACAUUACCCAUCUUCCUAGUAAACAUAUUUAUUGAUGCUUCCAUUGCAACUAGCGCUAUGUAAGAACCACACCACCCUGCUAGGUAAGGCCAAAGUUUCAUCACAGUGGCCAAUCAGGUGCCUAUGGGAAGCCUAUAAACAGGACCCGAGUGCAACAGCACUCUCCACACUUGUGAGGGGGAGUUGUAGCACUGGCAGAGGAAGGGGUGGGUGGUGGAUGUGGUCUGCCCCGGGUGUAAUCCCUGGGGGAGGGGGUGACAUCGCCGCCCCACCUCCGGGACACUUGCCCUGCCCCCAGGUGCACAGCAUGUGUGCUGCUCCGGGUGCCGGAGCAGCUAGCUCCGCCUCUUAUUUGUAACCAAACCCACAGAGUGCUCACUAAUGGUUCCUCAUCAUCCUGGAUAAAAGUGACAAGUGGAGUGCUGCAAGGUUCUGCCCUGAGCCCGUUGUUAUUCAAUGUCUUUAUAAACAACUUGCAUAAGGCAGGGCUGUUUUUCAACGGGAACUCGCCAGAAUUCAAUUCCAGCACCUCUCUCUCAGGUGGGCGCCAUUGCCAUUACAAGAGAAGAAGGGAGGUGUUCAUGGUGAAUUCUGGCACCUUUCUCCAGAACAAUAGCGCUAUAUAAAGGUAUUGAGCAUAUGCUCAUCAGAUUUGCAGAUGACACCAAACUGGGAGGGGUAGCUAAUGCCACAGAAGACAGAAUCAGGAUUCAAUAUGACCUUAACAGAUUGGAGAACUGGGUCAAAGCUAAGAAAAUUAAUUUCAAUAGGGACCAAGGUAAGGUUCUGCACUUAGGCAGGAAUAACCAAUGGGGGACACCUGGCUUGCCAGUAGAAAGUGAAAGGGAGCUAGGGGUCUUAGUGGACCACAAGAUUAAGGUGAGUCAACAAUGUGAUGCAGCAGCAAAAAAGGCUAAUACUAUUCUAACACUGCAUCAACAGAAGUAUAGUGCCCAGAUCAAGGGAAAUCAUAUUCUGCCUUAGUCGGACCACAUCUGGAGUGCUGUGUCCAGUUCUGGGCACUACAAUUUAAGAAGGAUAUUGACAAGCAGCAGCAUAUGCAGAGGAAGGUGACCAAGAUGAUCAAGGGAUGAGAGGAGAUAUGAUAGCCAUCUUCAAAUAUCGAAAGGGCUGUCACAUGGAAGAUGGAGCAAGCUUGUUCUCUCCUGCUCCAGAGUGUGGGACCAGAACCAAUGGAUUCAAGUUACGAGAAAGAAGAUAGCAACUAAAUAACCAGAACUGUCUGGCAGCAAGAGCUGUUCAGCAGUGGAACAAACUUGCUCAGAAGGUGGUUGGCACCCCUUCCUUGGAGGUUUUUAAGCAGACGUUGAAUGAUCAUCUGUUAUGGAUGCUUUGGUUGAGAUUCCUGCAUUACAUGGGGUUGGACUAGAUGACCAUCAGGGUCACUACCAACUCUACAAUUUUAUGAUUCUAUGAACCUGCAUAUAUUAAUUUUUCCAAUACAUCUGGCAACACAUGCAAUAUAAUUCUGCAAAAAAGGGGGGGAAAUUGGCUAACUCUGUUUGCAGCUCUAUACUUUUCCCAUUGCUGAUCACCUAACUGCAUGGCAUGGCUCCUGCAGGGCAGGAUGCAAACACAGAGCCAAAUGAAGUCCAGCAUAAUGGGUUGAUUACUAUUAUGUGUAUUUCCUGCAAGCCAGGUAAAUAAGGGGCAAAAUUUCAAGUUGUCUGCUUUGGUACAAAUUGGGGGCAUAAAAGGUUUCUGUGAUUUAUUGAGUCUCUGAAUGUUGUUUCUGUAAUUCACUUGGAUAAUUUUCUUAUCCCCCCCCC